UGGUUGGGGGCCGUCAAACGAAACAUGGCGUCCGUUAGGUUAUUGCUAUGAGUGCUGGUUCGUUUUCUAUCAUUAAAUGUGGAAUUAUCGUGCGUUUUGCGGGCUGACGCGAAGCGUCGUGUCCUCGUGGAGGCGAACACGUCGCUUUCAACCCUGCAUGCCCCGCGUACAUUAUUCCUAGUGCCGAUUCAAUGAGAAGAAUCGGCCUCCUCCAGAGUGGCUUGUGGGUAUACACACCCCGACGCGAGACUCCACAGUGGUUUUAUGGCACAUCGAGCAUUUUUCUACGCUUAGCAAAUUUCCCGUUCUCGGCGGCAAACAGAAGUAUGAUCCUCAACGAGGAAUCAGGAAACGUUCGUCGCUUUAUAGCCGGACUCGCGAAUCAAAAUGCCGGUCACUGUUAAAGUGUUUUUAUGCGAGGGGUGUUAGCGGUGGUAUACACCUCUUCUCACCCCAUCAUUUUCACGUAAAAUUCUGUGCAUACGGUUAAAUAUUAAACAACUGGUUUACUCAUUCGCGUAUCGGUCAUGAUUUAAAAAACGUGAAAUGUGCAAGGAUGUGUAUAGUGUUCAGAGAAUAAUCCAAGGUGUAUAUAAGACUUUCACCAAUUCUUAUGUCUAUUCGUUUAGCUUCUUUGAGACGAACUAACAAUAUAUUUAAAGAGUGUUUUAUGUAUGUGUGACUUAAUUGGGUAAAGAUAAAUAUUGCACGAAGGUUACCAGACAAUAGGAUAUAAUUUCCAGAAAGGAAGACUUAGGAGAGUGUGAGACCAUAUGCCACCAGCCGGGCUAUCGGCGAGAGGCUUGUCUACCUUGAUGGACCACGGACAACCUGAUGCUCGUCAUCGGAGCGAGCGGUUUUUACUUCACCCAGAGAAUGGAUCCUCCAAUUCUAACACAGCCAAUUCAUCUCCACGGUAUCAACAUAAUAAUAGAACAAACAAUCAUUCCACAAGUUACGGAUAUUUAUAUGGACGUACAUCUAGCAACAAUAUGUCUGAUAGCAGUGUUUCUGAUACACAUAGCGGUGGCACAGCAAGAACUGUUUCUCAACAGACUAGUCCAUCUCAUGGUACACAUUCCUCUUCUCAAUCGCGACAAGACAAUAGCUCAACAAUUUUCACGGCGUUAUUCGAUUAUGUUGCCCAAGGGGAAGACGAGUUAUCCUUACAGAGGGGUGAAACUGUCGAGGUCCUGUCUAAGGAUUCAAAAAUCUCAGGUGACGAGGGAUGGUGGACUGGAAAGAUCCAUGGAAAAGUUGGUAUUUUCCCAGCGAACUUCGUCGUGGAAGCGGAAAGUAUCGAUCGGGUUUCAUCAGUGAUUGACAAGGUUCAACCAGUUGAAAUCGAUUUCGAAGAACUGCAAUUAGAAGAAGUGAUAGGCGUUGGCGGAUUCGGGAAGGUUUACAGGGGUUUUUGGCAGAAACAUGAAGUGGCUGUUAAAGCAGCCCGCCAAGAUCCAGACGAAGAACCAAGUGUUACCUUAGAAAAUGUACGACAAGAAGCAAAAUUAUUUUGGUUACUGAAACACGAAAAUAUUGUGCAAUUGGAAGGAGUUUGUUUGAAAAUGCCAAAUAUGUGUCUCGUGAUGGAAUAUGCACGCGGUGGUAGUUUGAACAGGGUUCUUAGCGGUAGAAAAAUCAGGCCUGAUGUACUUGUCGAUUGGGCGAUACAGAUUGCUCGUGGCAUGGAUUAUCUUCAUAACAAAGCACCUAUAAGUCUUAUACACAGGGACCUAAAAAGCUCUAACGUGUUAUUGAGUGAGCCUAUAGAAAAUGAUGAUUUACAAUACAAAACUCUAAAAAUAACUGACUUUGGGUUAGCGAGGGAAGUUUACAAAACGACUCGUAUGUCAGCGGCGGGCACGUAUGCUUGGAUGGCACCAGAGGUUAUUAAAAAGAGUACUUUCAGUAAAGCCAGUGAUGUUUGGAGUUACGGUGUGCUUUUAUGGGAACUCCUGACAGGUGAAACACCUUACAAAGGAAUAGAUGCUCUGGCAGUAGCGUAUGGAGUCGCAGUAAAUAAGCUUACGUUGCCUAUUCCAUCGACUUGCCCUCAACCUUGGCGCUUUUUAAUGGAAGCUUGUUGGGCGUCUGACAGUCAUCAACGACCAGGAUUCGCUGAAAUUUUAGUAGCGUUAGACGAAGUUCGUAGCGCGUUUGCGGCAACGCCACACGAAUCGUUUCACACAAUGCAAGAAGAUUGGAGGCUUGAAAUUGAACAAGUUCUUCACGGAUUGCGCAUGAAGGAAAAGGCAUGCCGUUCGUUAGAAGAGGAAUUGCGCUGUAGGGAGGAAGAAUUGACGAAGGCACAAGUACAACAACGACAACACGAAGAAAACUUGAGACAACGAGAACAAGAAUUAGCUGCCCGCGAAAUAGACUUGCUAGAACGUGAACUUACCGUAAUGAUAAUUCAGCAACAGAAUACUCCAACUCCAAACAAGAGGCGCGGAAAAUUCAAGAAGUCAAGAUUAAAAUUAAAUAAGAAGGAACCUGGAAGUAAUAUAAGCGCUCCUUCCGAUUUUCGUCACACGAUAACUGUGAAAGAUACAGCAUUGGAACGGGGGAAAGUGCGGAAUCCGUCGAGGCCGAACAGUCCACCUGGCUCGCCUAGUAUCCCAAGACUCCGUGCAAUCGCAUUACCAGCAGAUGGAGUGAAGGGUAAAACAUGGGGCCCGUCGACGCUCCACCAACGCGAGCGUGGAGCUAUUAUCACGCAGCCACCGAAUCCUGCUUCACCGGGUGGGAAACGAUGGUCUCGCUCCGCACCAGACCUUGAAAAGGCGCCCCUGCGUACCGCCCUGUUGGCACACCGCCCCCCGCUUCUUCAAGAAAUAGGCCUUUCUGAGGAAAACAUCUGUCCCACUCAUUAUACAGCCAUACCACCUGAUCUGCCAACUGACUGGGCAGCGCCGGAUUUUCCUUUGAAGCCUGGAUUAACCGGUCCUUACAUCAUGCCGAUGCCCGUACCAAUGCCGACCCUCUACAACGGAGAAACAAAGAAACCAAAGUUAAGCAUAAUAGAGCUGGUGUUAUACAAUAUCGCAGCUAUGCUAGCCGGAGUGGCUACCGGAUACGACGUAAGAAUGUCAAACAUAUCUCCGAUUCAUCCGAGAUUAUAUCCACGGCUUGGUGAAUGUGAAGAUGAACCUCCGCGAUGGUGGUUUCAAGCAGACACUGGAUCUAAUCGUAAUUCCGGUUACAUCGGUCCCGAUUACGAAUUCAAUUCGAGUAGCGGCUAUCCUCAUAAUACCUAUCACGGGCCCGCUAGACAUUACAGGCCGUUCUUGAGCAACAUGGGUGGCAUAGCACCUGGUCUUCCGCCCAGCGUGAUGCCUGAUAAACCUCUAAGAUUCACCGACUCACCGCAACAUUACGCGAGCAAUACAAGCUCUAACGCACCGACACCAAGUCCUAGAAGAAAGAGCAGCAGUACUAGUAACGAGGACGUGUACACGCACGAUGCUGGAAGAGUGGAUCGGAUGGAAAGAGUACCGACGAUAUACAUGGGGAACGUCGCACCUUAUCCAGAUUACGGGCCUCCGGUGUACACGGUUGUCCCACCAGAAUACUACAGACCACCAGAACCGACGUACUUCGUACCAACUGAUUACCAUGAUAGAAUGCUUGAAUGUUCCGAAUUUCCACAUGCUUACGAUAAUCCGAGCAGCAUAAAUAGUCCGGCUCGACCAGCAGUCUCAAGACUUCCUUCGUACACCCACCACCGUACCUCGUCGAACGUUUCGAAUGCUAGCACGUCGAGUCAAAGUAACGUGAACCCAACGUUUCGUUUAGAAGACGAGGAUGAUUAUUCUUUAUACUCGCCUGGACAUUAUUACCCACGAUCCCCGAAUAUCGCGUCGAACGUAGGAACGUACAGUCCUAGUAUGCUUAAUCACGACUACGGCUCGCAAUUGCUGACGCGUCAGAACUCGCACGAUUCGAAUUCGAAUUCUGGUGACAGACCGAGCAAUUUAGAGGUCGUCAGUCGAUUGCGAUCGAGCUUGAAACGAUCCAAUUAUUCGUACAACUCUCCGAACAAGAGCGUGAGCAAAAAUAACUCCGGUUCGGGUACGCCGACGAAUCCCACGCCACCGGAUUCUUUGACAUCCGAGGAUUCGAGCUACGUUUCGGCUAAGGACAGUCAAAUUUCUAUAAGCAGGGUCCGUUUCUCGCCGGUCACUUUCGACAGGGACGGGGUUUCCCGCGAUCAUAGGGAAACGCUGCUCGAUAUUCCGGUUCACGGGCAAACUCAAGAUGCUACCGUGCCGUUGCAAGCUAAUCGACGAGUGAACAGAAGUAGAAAACCGAGUAUCUCUGAAUUAGAAAGAGAAUUUUUGUCAUAGCAUUGGCUUAUUUAAAAUCAAGAGAAUUCGGUUGAGGGCGAUUUUAGAGAUUCGUUGAAUAGUUUUCGUCGAUCUUGAAAGUAAUACAUUCAAUUUGCAUACAAUCGCGCGAAUCAAACGAUGCGCGACGCGGGAAGAAAUAAAUUGAAUCGUAAUAAUUAGAAAAUACAGCGAUGCACGUUCUUGAAGCACUGCCUCCUGCUAAACAUUUUAUCACAUAUUAAACGAUGGUCAUCGAGUACAGUAAGAACGUAACAUUCCACAGAUAUUGUACUGAGACAUCUUUAUAAAAGACUAUUGUAUUGUAUUCAAUUCGACUGUUUUUAAUUUCAUACAGAACUAACGUACGUUUCGUAGAGAAUAGUGGAAACGCCAACAUUGACACACGAUAAUUCUUUCAAUUAGAUUUAAAAUAAAUGUUUUACUUCGUACAUUCCGCACAUCUGCUGUUAAUAUCAAACAUGUAAAUAGUAUAUAUAUGUACGUUUUCUAUUAUUUGCAUGAGCAUGUAAAAAGAGCAGAUAAAUAUUUUAAUUUAUAUAAUGUGAAAGAAAAUUGGGGGGGGGGUGAAGAAUUGAAAACGAAGGGUGGGGCACAUAACUAGAACCAGUUAUAUUUUUAUAGCAAAAUGCUUCAAGUAAAAGUUGUAUAAUAUCAAGAGCGGCAUAAUCCAACGUGAUCAAUUUUUUCGUACAUGGAUACUUAGGUAGCAUAUGAAGGUCAACUUUGUUGUUUUAAAUGAAAUCAUAUUAUUUUAUUAUUAAACAAUUUGACCCAGCUUGUCAUUCUUUAUAAA